AUGGAGUAUACUGUGCAAAAUUUGGAGUACGCGGUAUCCAUAUUUUAUAAUGGUGAACCAGAAGAGCGGGCUAAGGCUCACACAUGGUUAACGAACGCUCAAAAGGUUCCUGAAGCUUGGAACUUUGUGUGGGAUCUCCUUCAGCCCACUAAGGGCACAGUAGUACAAUUUUAUGCAGCUACAACAUUACAUACAAAAAUCUUAAGAUGUUGGAAUGAACUACCUAAAGAAAGUUAUGAAGAACUCUUGAACAAACUAUUACAAUCAGUUAUGGCAUAUGCAAAUGGACCAAAGAUUGUCACUAACAGGCUAUGUAUAAGUUUGGCUGCCUUUAUCCUUCAACAAGAAACAAUGGAUCUAGCACCUAUCCUUAGUCCACUAACAUCACCACAAAACUCAUCAUUACUUCUUGAAGUUCUGACAGUAAUCCCAGAAGAAUUUAGCAGUAUGACAAUGGGUUCUAAGCGGCGUCUAGAAAAUUUAAAGACUUUAAAUAAAUCCUGUCCCAUGGUUGUAAAUGAUAUGCUCAAGAUUUUGGAAAAUGUGUAUAAUGACUGGAGUAGUGGGCCACCAAGUGAAGAAAUAGUAAACUCAUGGACGGUAGCCGCCACUUGCGUGGGAAGCUGGCUUAACGUGAUCCAAAAUGAAGCUCUUGCUGAAAUUUCUUACUCUAUUACUGACAGAGCACCCCUUAUUCGUGCUUUACAAAUGGCUGUUCAUGUAUUAUACACAACAAAUGGUAUAGUUAGUGGAUCUGCACUAGAAGCCUGCGAAGCGUGUUUGUCCUCUAUGCGAAUAGCUACCACACAGGGCGAUGCCUGUAACUAUGAGAACUUCGGUAAAACCAUGAUGGCCGACCUAGCAUCGCUCGUGGGGCCCGUGCUCGCGGCAAACAACGUACCGGACUCGGUGAAUGAGGAGCUGGUGUGUGCAAUGGUGACUUGCUGCGUGUCAGUGUGCGAGACACACUCGGGAACGGUGGUGAAAGCCAUCAAUGCCGACGGCGAGAACAGUGCAGUUCUGCCACUCCUUCGUCUGCUUCUGGAGGCUCAGGGGGCGCCAGGAUAUUACCCACUUCACGAGACCAGAUCGAAUUUGCUAUUCAGCCUCUGGUACAUUUUACAGGACGAUCUCCUCGGAAGAUCCGACUCGGAAAGUGCUGAAAAAUUGAAACCAAUAUGGAAAGAAGUGUUUUCGCAGCUUCUAAUGGCCUUCAUCACCAAGUCAGAAAUGCCGCCCGAGUCUGAUCUGUCGCGGGACGAUCAGGAACUUCUGCGGUGCUAUCGGCAGGACAUUGGAGAUGCGGUUAUGUAUUGCUUCAUGGUGAUAGGCGAUAUGUGCUGGGACAUAGUGGCCACCGUCAUGGAGACGGCCCAGAAGGAGUCGCGCCGCGAAGCCGCCCUACACGUCCUCAGUUCGUUGGCGGACGUCGCGCAGAACGAUAAAGCGCCGGCAGCUUUGCCCGGUCUUUUGCGACGCGCUUUACAAGUCGUCGCCGAAACUCAAGACAAACGAACUCUAGAGACGGCUUUGGAGUGUAUCGGUACGCACGCGACGUGGAUCAAUCUAAUCGAGGAGACGUGCGACGGAUACAAAGGCCUGGGCGUGCAGUGCGUGCGCGCGGCGGGUGCGGCCCUAGGCCGCUGUCCGAUGCCCGCGGCUCUGGCCCUUCGCCGCCUCACCACAGAGUGCAGCGACGCCGCUUCCUUACUGGUACAGGACAUCGUGCAUGCCGCUAUGAGCGCCGAAAGUGUGUCGUACCCGUGGGUGCGUCGUCAGCUGACGUCGGCGGCGGGAGGUGCCCUGGCCUCGUGCGAACACUCGGUCUCUUCUCCGCUUCUACUGCAACUCACGGAACAUAUCGCACAACAGAUCUCCUCACAGGCGCCAGCGGGCGGUAGCGUAUCAGCGCAAUGUGCGGCGGCUCUUAUGAGCGCGCUGUCGCGGCAGCCGCAGCUCGCCGCCGAGAUGUUCCGAGGGCUUCUACCCUCGCUCACUGUGCUGACCACUAAUCCCGCCCUGGUUGACCCUCUGUUCCAAAUCCUCAACAACACGGUGUCGGCUCUGAUGGCCGAAUGCGAGCCUUUCCUGGACGAGAUCUCCCAACUCACCGCUACCGCCUUUCAAUUGCACCCUUCCGCUUCGGGAUUCGGACUAGUUGUAUUUGUAAUACAAAUGGUCGGCCCGGAGUGUGAGAAAGCGAACCGACUGCUUAACGGAUGCCUGCGGAGGCUCGUGCAGUACCUGACCUCGGAGGAGGCUAAGGGAGCCCGACCCGACCUCUUCGAAGCCCUAUUCCACGGCCUCUACACCCUAACCAGGAAGAAGACGCAUCAUCUCGAGUGGAUUGACAGUUUGAUGCCGGAAUUGAUGAGUUUGGCAUUUCGUGCGUUAGUCGUGCCGGAAACGCGCGCUUUUCGAACGGCGUGCGUUUGGAUCGGUUCGUUGGCGACGCAGCGCGUCCAAGCGUUGAGCCAUUUCGCGCCUAACGUCAUGCGAGCCUUAAUACUCGCCAUCAGUUGCGAAGGACCGAGGGGCCAACUGGAGGCGAUCACGGUGUUAGUGAUGGCCAUCAAUCGAGUGGCCUCCAGCCCACACGAGUUCAAGGAAUGGCUCCGAAGGCCCCUCGCAGAGCUUAACUUCCCUUCGCCUCACGUCUCGCCCGGUGAUAAGGAAAAGUUCGUGGAAUCUGUCAUCAGAGAAAUAAGCAAUAAGCGACGUGUGCUGUAUGCGAUGCGAGAGUUUUCUCUCGCGUGCCGCGGUCUCGCCGCCACCGAGUACGGGAAACAGUGCAUCGCCUCCAAGCAGUUGGUGGCUUGA